UCAAUGUGUAACAAUGCUUGGGCAGGGGAUUACACUUUCAAAAGUCCAUUACAAUCUGAAGACAACACAGAGAAACACAGACCACGGCCACUUGUGUUUUACACCUAAAAUACUGCAUUAUGCUCAUCUAAUAUUAUUUUCCCCUUAGACUGCUUGGCUAUGGGAUCGGCAGCUCUUAUUCUUCCUUGUAAAUAUGAUUUCUAGCAUCUGUGCUCUUGUCACAGAAAUCUGUCCUUUGAUAUUUUAGAUGUAUCUCCAUUCUGAAGUGUUUGCAUGGCCUGUGUUAGAUUGCAGCCUGACAAGGACCUAUAUCUCAAAUGAGAUGUCAUUCUACUUGUUAUCUGAACUAAAUAUCACUUUUCAGAAGUGAUUAAGGCAGGUGAAUUGGUAUAAAUACAGUCCAUUUUGUAGUCAUCAUAUUCAGGCUUAAUCAGUAAGUUUCAAUGUAUCACAGGUAAGUGUUGUGAUACAAAAUGAGGUUGUAAGUUAAAAUGAAGAUUUUGCUCCUAGCUGCAAUAUUUCUCAUCAGCCUUAAUUCAGGCUGGUCUGGAGUCGGUCCUGGGGAACAGGACUGGGGGUACGUGACGGUACGUCCUGAUGCUCACAUGUUCUACUGGCUGUAUUACCAUGAGCGGACCACUGAGGAGCCUCUUGUGAUUUGGCUGCAGGGCGGUCCUGGUGCAUCCUCUACUGGCUAUGGAAACUUUGAAGAAAUUGGCAUUGUGGACAUGAACCUCAAUGUUCGCAUCCACUCUUGGGUGAAACAUGUGAAUGUCCUGUUCAUUGAUAACCCUGUGGGGACAGGCUUCAGCUACGUGGAUACCAACUCUGCACUCACUAAGACAAAUGCAGAGAUAGCAAAAGACCUUGUCACAUUCACUGGAGUGUUCCUGCAGGCACAUCCUGAGUUCAAAAGUGUUCCACUCUACAUUUUCUCUGAGUCAUAUGGUGGAAAGAUGGCUGCAGAAUAUGCCCUUGAACUGGACAAGGCAAUCAGUCAAGGGAAUAUUGAAGUACCGCUGAAAGGAGUUGCUCUUGGAGAUUCUUGGGUGUCUCCCAUUGACUCUGUUCUCACAUGGGCACCAUUUCUCCUGCAAUUGGGAUUUGUAGACACUGAAGGAUACAGAACUAUUGACACCUAUGCUCAGCAAACUAAGGCUGCUCUUGAUGCUGGAAAUUAUGAAUUGGCAACUGACCUCUGGAGCACAACUGAAAUGAUCAUCCUAAGUGUGACAAGUGGCAUUGACUUCUACAAUGUUCUGUUUCCUGUCCCUGGCAAAUCGAGGUCUCAACCAAUUACUUCACGGAAAGAUUUCUUGGGCAAAAUGUUGCUGAGGGAUUCCAGUUUGGACCACUUCAUGAAUACCUUUGUAAAAGAAGCUCUAGCCAUCCCAGAAAAUGUCACCUGGGGAGGACAAAGCGAUAACGUGUUCUCUUCUUUGUCUGAGGACUUCAUGAAACCAGUCACAAGUGUUGUGGAGCAGCUGCUGAAAGAAACAAAUUUAACUGUAUGUGUAUUUACGGGGCAACUGGAUCUCAUUGUUGACACUCCAGGUACUCUCAUCUGGGCUGAGCGACUGCAGUGGUCUGGAGCUCAGCAGUGGCUCAGUGCUGAAAGGUCAAGUGUGGUCAUUGACGGCAUCAUAGAGGGCUACAAAAAGACAUACAGAAACUUCCACUUCUACUGGCUUCUCCGAUCAGGACACAUGGUUCCAACAGAUAAUCCAGCUGGUGCACUCAGAUUACUUCAGGAAAUUACAGGGUAUGUUUAAGUUGAAGUUGGUAUGGAAACUCUGCAUAUAACUUAAUGAUUUGUUGAUCUUGUGUUCUUGAACCUAUAAAGAAUGUGUUAAUAAAACAGAAUUGCAAUAAGGCUUUUAAGUUAAAAAAAUUAAGUUUAAGAAAAAUAAUUAAAUGACUAUAUAAUAAAAUAAAUA